AUGGCAAUUUCUUCUUCUUUCAGUAUUGAUAUUGAAAUUACCUUGAAUUACACUAUGGAAAAGCGUUUGCAAUCAAUUUUAAUGACUCUGACAUUUAGCGGCUGUUACUUAACAGAAAAUAGUAAUCGUCUUGUAAUUCAUGGAUACCGCAAGAGAAGAAAAAAGAAAAGGAGGAAGAAAAAAUCCAAGAAAAUUCGUGUACUGGAAGCGAUAUGUCAAUCAAAUGUAUAUUUACUAAACAUAGUGACAGCUGCCAAUUUUUGUUGUAAUACAAAUAAUCACGUUCAUAUGUUGGAGUAUCGAUGGGUUAUUUGUAUUUUAACAGUGAAUUCUUGUUUAUAUUUAGCUGUUCAUUCAGAAGAUACUACCAAUUCAACAAAUGAGAGAAAUGUUAUUUCAUCGAAAAAUGGAUUAGCAGUAUGGACAAAUAAACAAUUCAUUAUAUGUAUUGUUAGUGUUACACUAGGCACUUUCUUAUUUUUCGUGACAUUCAUUGUACCAGCUAUCAUUAUAAUACGUCGAGCACGGCGAGAUAAAAAUCGAAUAGACCUAAGAGAAUUAAGACGUAUGAGUGAUUUUAUGUAA